UCUGGGAAGCGUCGGCGGUGUCGUCUUCGAGGGCGCAAUGUCGCGAGACGAGCUUUAGUACGGUUCGGGUCAGCAGCAGCGAUGCCGGUCGAGGAAGAGCUGCACCUGAACGGCGUCGGGAGGACGCAGAUCUACCAGCAGCCCUCCACCGGAGAGAAACACGUCCUGUUUUACCCCACAAGCCCUGCGCCUUCCGUCAAUUCCGAAGAGCGAAGGAGCUGGUCUCAGGCUUCGUCUUCGGCUGUUAACACGCAGACUCGGAACACUCUUAGAAAUUCCAAUAACAAUACAGAAAACGUCACGAGAAUGAAGACAAGUGAAGCGGUCGACCCGCCUGACUCCGGGGGACACGGUCCGGACCCCAACGACGGCUUCCGAGGCAGAUAUAACUUCAGGAUUGGAAUUUAUGGAUGGAGGAAACGGUGUCUUUAUGUCCUCAUCUUAGUGCUUCUAGUGAUGGUAAUUGUCAAUUUGGCCCUGACUCUGUGGGUGCUCAAAGUUAUGGAAUUCUCUUCGGAAGGAAUGGGUCAGUUGAAGAUUGUAAGUGGUGGAUUGCGCCUCGAGGGAAAAGCGUUCGUUUUAAACACUUUAAUAGCCAGCAGCAUAAAAUCAAGAACAGGGCAACCGAUAAUCGUUGAGUCGAGCAGAAACCUUACAUUAUCAUCUAGGAGUAAAAAUGGUCGUUUGAACAACAUGAUAUUCCUAGGAAACGACCGCUUCGAGUGCCUCACUAAUAACUUCAAAGUAAUGGACGAUCGGGGAAUGGUUCUGUUUGCAGUAGAUGGUCGAGAAGUAGUUGUUGGUUCCGAGCUUUUGAGGGUGACGGGGGAAGGAGGCGCAUCUUUCAGCGGCUCUGUCCAAACUACGUUGGUUCGGGCCGAACCCGGCAACGACUUGCGACUUGAAUCUCCCACCCGCUCCUUGGAAAUUCAUGGUCCUCAAGGCGUCCACAUCGAAUCCCGCGGCGGCAAAAUGAAGAUAAUCUCUCUCAAUGACAUUAGUUUUAGGUCAGAAGUAGGAUCUGUGCGUUUAGAAGCGAGUUCAGUAGUGAUGCCACUGCUACCCACCGCCAUUCCUACUUCCAAACCCGCCUCCAACAAGAACGAAAUUUUCCAAUUAUGUGUGUGCAAUAACGGAAGAUUGUUUCUAGUACCAUCGCAUUUACAUUGUGCCGCCGAAGACGACGAUAGAAUCUGUCGGUAAUCAAAGUGUACGAAAAACAUUUGUUCCAUGUAAAUAAAUAAGACUCUGUAUAAAGCACAACUAUCGCCAAAUUGUUCAUAAUGUACAUAUUUUGUAUAUGAAAUAAGUUAAUUCAUAGAGAAAUUCUAUUGUUUAAGUUUUGUAUUUAUUUACAGUUAGACUAAGCCUAA